CUACUCCGAGGUUGGCUACGUGGUGGUCCCCGCCAUCGACGAGCCGCAGCCGGGGGUGGUGCGCUGCAUGCGGCGCGACCUGCUGCAGGGGGCGCGGUUCUACGACGCCCCAGUGUGGCAGGGCACCAGCGCCGACAACAUGUACUGGCAGUGCUCCAUCUGGCAGGUGGACAACCAGUGCAGCACGUUUGUGGCCGUCAAGACGUCGGGGCGGCCGCACGCCAAACAGGCGCUCGCGCCCAGCUUCUGA